GGGUACCCGGGACUCGGACGCACGCAUGGCGGCCAGCGCGGCGCCCAGCGGGACCCCUGGUGGGCAGGACCUCGGAGAGCUUGAGGGGGCGUGCGGCUGGCGCUGCCCGGAGCACAGCGACCGCGUGGUCGAGCUCUUCUGCCGUCGCUGCCGCCGCUGCGUGUGCGCGCUGUGCCCGGUGCUGGGCGCGCACCGCGGCCACCCCGUGGGCCUGGCGCGGGAGGAGGCGGCGCUCGUGCAGAAACUCAGCCGGGACUGUUUAAAGCAAUUGGCAACCAAGAGACAGCAGCAGGCUGCUAAUGUGGCCCACAUAGAGGACUCUGCAGCGAAGCUUCAGGCUCAUGCAGAGUCGAGUAAAACUUGGCUGACGGGGAAAUUCACUGAACUCCGAUUACUGCUUGAUGAAGAGGAAGCUCUGGCCAAGAAGUUCAUUGACAAAAACACACAGCUGGCUCUGCAGGUGUAUAGGGAGCAUGUCGAGUCUUGUGAGGAGCACAUUGAUGUCCUGAACAAGCUCUCCAACAGGGUCUGGGGCAUCAACCAGGAGUCCAAUCCUGUGCAGCUGCUGCAGGCAUACUCGGCUGUGGAGCAGGAGCUGCAGCGGCACAUGAGCCUCGGGGAGCUGAGCCACCCGGUGCCCUUGUCCUUCGAGCCCGUCAAGAACCUGUUUAGGGGCCUGGCCGAAGCCCUGCACAACACCUUGCAGACACCACUGGAUGUGCGCCUGAAGGAGAAUGUGAACUGCCAGCUCUCCGGGCCUUCCUGCCCCAAGCCAGGUGCCUUGUUGAAAACAGGUCCUUCUCCAGAGAGGUCUCUGUUCUUAAAAUAUGCACGCACGCCUACGCUCGACCCGGACACGAUGCACGCCCGCCUGCGCCUCUCGGCCGACCGCCUGACGGUGAGCUGCGCCCUGCUGGGCCGCCUGGGCCUGGCGCCCGCUACGCGCUUCGACGAGCUCUGGCAGGUGCUGGCCCGCGACUGCUUCGCCGCCGGCCGCCACUACUGGGAGGUGGACGUGCAGGAGGCGGGCGCCGGCUGGUGGGUCGGCGCGGCCUACGGCUCCCUGCGGCGCCGCGGAGCCUCGGCCGCUGCCCGCCUGGGCUGCAACCGCCAGUCCUGGUGCCUGAAGCGCUACGACCUCGAGUACUGGGCCUUCCACGACGGCCAGCGUAGCCGCCUGCGGCUCCGCCACGACCCCGACCGCGUGGGCAUCUUCCUGGACUAUGAGGCCGGUGUCCUGGCCUUCUACGACGCAACGGGUGGCAUGAGCCACCUGCACACCUUCCGCGCCACCUUCCAGGAGCCACUCUACCCUGCGCUGCGGCUCUGGGAAGGGGCCCUGAGCAUCCCCCGGCUGCCCUGAAGGGGCGGAGACGGCAGCGAUGCCACCGCCCCGUCUAGGCCCUCUCCAUGGCCAGGGCCUGUCCAGUGUUUUGGAUGGUUUUUCUCCUAGGCUAAUUUGAAGCUGUAAACAAUGGGGGAAGAGGUGUUCCCUUAGUUAAGGUUUAAGAAAGGUGCAUACCCCUCAGGUGAAUCCUCUCUGCCUUGGAACACGCCCCCUACUCUGCUGGUCCAUAGUAGGCACUCCGUGGAGAUCUGUGGGUAAGUAAUCACCCCUCUCCCAGGUCUUGUGGCCCUUAAGGUUCCUGGAAGCUGCUAGAUCCUCCCUGCCUCCCCAUCCCUGCAAGAGCCUCCUAACACUUCAUCUUCUCCCAUCUUCAUCUUCCACCCUAAAACCAGGGUGAUUGGCCUCAAAUGUCGCAUAACCCUUUGGAAUAGUCCUCUCCCAAGACUGCAGAAAGGGUACAAAAAGACAGCACAUCCCCUUCCCCAUCCCCGGGGGCUGUCUGGCUCUGGCUUCUCCGUAAGGCCCUCUCUCUCAGCUGUUGCUUGCGUUGCUACUGUGUUCCCACACAUCCAGCAGGGACACUCAUUUAGGAAAUCCUAUGCUUAGAAUCUUCAACUGUGGGAGUCAUCCCCAGGCUUACCUGUCCCCAGACUGCGUCCUCUCCGCCCGCCAUCUCCCUACCCUCCCACGUGGCGGGGGCACAGAGAUGUCCCUUUCUUGACUGACAGAGCUGUGAAUUUGGAACCCUAUCUUGGCCACCAGAUUGGAAGCUUUCUUCAUGGCCCACCCUGUAAGGUAACACUGACAAGGGAGUGAAUGGCCAGCAGGCCAGCAGCUGGCACAGAGAGCAGCUGAGCUGAGCUGAUGUGUGGUGUUAUAGCCAGUGGAAUUGGAGUGCCUUUUUCUGUCUCCUGACAUUUUUUGUUCAGAGCCAGGUGCUGCCUUAGGAACAGGUUUCUUGAAACAAAGUCACAGAACCAGAGAAAACCCAAGGAGCAACCCUUGCUCUCCCCACUGCCUCCGGUGUCUGGCCUUGGGUCCUGGAGACUCUGAACCCUGGGCUGUCAGGUUAUCGAAGUUGGGGGCAUGAUAAAGCAUCUUUUGGGGUCCGGGUUCCCUGCUGGGGCCAGAGGCAGGAGGGAGAAUGGGCGGAAAUGGCCCAGCCAGAUGGUGGUUCCCACAUACCUGGCACCUUGGUUAAUCUGAACCGUGGAUCUCUGCCCUGUUGUCUGGUGGUAUGGACUUAAAGAAAAAAAAAUGGCACUUUUCUUGUGGGACGAAGCGCACUGGGCUGCAAGGGAUGAGGGACCUUGGGGGUGUCAGAGGCACUGGAGCUGGGUAAGGUCCACGUAGGCCAAGGUCACAAAGUCCUGCCUGCCUCACCACCACUGGCUGGGAACUAGGAGUUAAACCCUGUUCUAAACAGUGCAAACUGGAAACACAGAAGUCACUUGCCCAUGGUCACAGAGCAAGUGUCUAGGCCUAGACUAUGGCUCCAAGUAUGUGCCCGCGGGCCACAGGCCCUGCCCUUCAGCUGGCCUCUGGUCUGUUCCUCAUCUGCCUUGACUCCUUGAGGCCCUACCCAUGUUUUGCUUUUUCCUGGUUGGCAUGAUUGUACCUUUGUCCUGCUUUCCUGGGGCUGCAAGGUGAGACCUUGUACCCAAACAGGGGCAGGGACUAAAUUGGGUUUGAGAUUCCUGAGUUGGGAUAGAAAGGACAGUAACUGGCUCUGUGACAGCCAGCAAACUGCUGCCCUGUUCCCCAUAAUUAACUGUGUGAACUCAAGGGAACCACUUUUUCCUCUUGUCACCUGUGAAUUGGGGUGGGGUGGGAUGGGAAAGUCACGACUCUAGGUGCUGUGAAGCACAAAUGAACUUUCCCUUGAAGUUUAGUGCCAGGCUGGGAUCUCAGCCUCUAGCAGAGCUACCACUACACACUGUGCCCCGCUGUCACAUGGUAGGAGCAGGAGUGUCCCUGGGGUCUGUGUCUUGGAGGGUGCUGAUGGCUGACCUCAUUCUCCCAAGGUGAAUCUAAAGAAAGGUCCUUACUGAUCGGGCUUGUUAAUGACAGAGGCUUCCCUGCUAUGUGGCUUUGUCGUAAUAAAGUAUGAACACUG